GCGUUUGUUUGGCCAUAGAAACCAAACAUUUUUCACUUUUAUUUGAAGUUAAGAGUUGUGUCUGGUUAUACUUCUUGUAAAAGUAUAUUUGGUUGUUUGUAAAAGAGUGAAAACAGGAUUUUAGGUGGUCUCCAAAUUCCAAGCCCUAACUUCAAGUUGUAUUUGGAAUUUUCACGUCGAAAUGGUUACUCGUGAGACACGCCAUGCAUCAUAAGAAAUAACGGAGUAGUGAUGGAGAAAGAAGAAGAGCUACAAGAAUCUGCUACUUCUUGCUUGCAUUUAGUCUCUGCCUUUUUUGCCUGUGAACCCCCCGACUUUGUUAUCUCAUAUGCCAGAAAUUUUGGAGGUGGUUCCAUUACGGAAAGAGUGCAAAGCUUCAUAUGGAACGGAUGUAUCAACAAAUCCGAUGUAAAGUGUAAUGGGCCUUAUUUGAAAAGAUUCUUAAAGAAGCUCAUUGUUGAAAUCGAGUCAAAUGGGGACGUUGUUUUGGAUGAAUUGUAUGAAAAGUAUAUCUUUUGUCUGGCUUGUGUGAAGGAUGAUGAAUUGGCUAAAGGAAACACAAGAAUGUUAAGAAGAUUUUCAUUUCUAUUUCCCAAGGAUUGUUCACAAGCCUCGAGUUGUCAAAUAUUUGGCAAAUUGGAAGUCACGUUGCAAUGUUCACUUAACAUGCUUGAAGGCGAUACAGGGUGCUCAAUUUGGCCAUCAGGUCUGUUCCUUUCAGAGUUCAUACUUUCUUUUCCAGAAGUGUUCUCAGGCAAAUCUUGUCUUGAGCAGGUUGGUUCGGGUGUUGGAUUGGUUGGUGUCUGUCUAGCUCAGGCAAAUUGCUCCAAGGUAAUACUUACAGAUGGUGACUUAUCAACUUUAGCAAACAUGAAGCUCAACUUGGAGUUAAAUCAGCUGGCCACUGAUAUGUUAGGUCAUACACAAAUAAACAACACGGUGCAGUGCUUGUAUUUGCCGUGGGAGUCCACCACAGAAAAUGAGCUACGUGAAUUCAUGCCAGAUAUAGUUUUGGGUGCAGAUGUGAUAUAUGAUCCACUCUGCCUACCACACCUUGUUCGAGUCCUCACGAUGCUUUUGAAGCGGGAAGAUCUAAACCUACAUCAUUUGAAUAAUGGCUGCAAGGAGCAUUUAAAUGGUAAUACUCAUGCUGAGCAUUUGUCACCUGCAUUAGGACAAGGGCCUGUUGCAUAUAUUGCUUCAGUAAUUCGCAAUAUUGACACAUUCAAUUGUUUCCUUUCGUUGGCGGAAAAAGCAAAGUUAAUUGUAUCUGACAUCACUGAUACGAUGAAGCCGCUUGACUUGUUUCCUUAUUUAAAAUCAUACGAGCGGUCUAGCAUUAGAAUGUUUAAAAUUUCAUAUUUGUGCAAAUAAGGCUACUGUAUAAUCAAACAGACACAAGUAGACUGUUGCAGUAGGCAAUUUUUUUUUUUUUUUUUUUUGUGCGAGGUACAAAUAAAAAUUUGUAUUUUUUUUUGUUGUUGUGAGAUUGACCAUAGAUUAAUUUCCUUUUUAUUUGGGAAUAUUGAUUACACUGCAAUUAUGAGCUUCAUGUUACUCUUUGCAAAUGACACGAGGAAAAUGUUAACAAUA